CUUUCAUGGAGACUUUAGACUUAUCAAAGACUAUAUUUACCAAAAUUGGGAUUACUAAUGAGAUUUUACCAUUUUAUGGAUAUGCCGAGCAAUGCAGACAGCUGAUGACCCAGCUCAGAAGUGAGUCAAGGAAACUCUGGAACGAUGAUAUUGAGAAAUGGUUUAAGAACCUGUCCCAGGUCAAAAGGGAAAUUCAUGUUGAUAAUAAAGAAGUGCUUGAGUAUCUUGACCAGCAUUACAGAUACGCCAUGUUUAAAAUUGUACUGACGUUUAACAAGAUGAGUGAUGUUACAAGGUUUUAUGACUUCUUAGCAAAUUCUAAGGAGGGAAGUAUCUCAAAAGCGAAAUUUCUUGAAAUCACUCAGGUUAAUCUCCCAAAAUUCAAGAAGAAAUAUGUAAUGGAAGAGUUCAUCACAACUUUCCUCGAAUGCAUCGGUAAGGUCUACCUAAAAUCCUCCUAUCACCUCUAAAACUCCCUAUCCUUCAACCUAACUUUCCUUGUAGGCCAAAGCCACUUAUCCAGCUCCCUAAUCCAGGAGGACUGGUUGACGACCAAAAUCCUGAAGCUUCCUUCUCUGUUCAGGUUUCAGGAAGAAGCUUUUACUAUUAAUUAAGCAAGAAGAGGAAGACCUGAUCUGUAUUGAUAGCAGGAUUACUCAGAUGCCUACUGGGUUUAAUGAAAAACCUGAUAAGAAGGAGAUCUUAUCGAUGCAGUAUACGAAUGUGUGUUAUAUCACUCUUGAGGAAAACUGUAUAAAUGAUUUUAAGAAAAUUCCUCCUCUUGGUGAAGAUCAGAAUAGGAAUCUAAAGCUUGUUGAAAUUAUUUUCCCAUCAAAUAGUGAAAAUAGGGCUCCAGAGUCAGGCCUCAUUGAAGUAAUAGAAUCAGUCAACUCCAAAAUGCCCCACCUACCCCACCUCCACUUCUCCUGCGCCACUAUCAACUUGGUUCCUAUCCAAACCCUUAUUCUUCUCAAACAGUUCAAAUC